AACAGGAAGAUAAAUGCUGGGAACUUUUAUCUGCUUAAGAGGAAUUCAAGAAGCUAAGCAAAACCUUUCCUCAAGUUAUUUCCACUACUAGGAGUAAAAUCUACUGCAGGAGGAAAAGGAUGAAAAGAUGGCUGACUUUUCACUACCGUGUUCUAACCAUUUCCGCCAGUUCACUCGUGAAUCUUUAGCUGCUAUUGAGAAGCGAAUUGCUGCCAACAAGAAAUACAAAGACCACCAACCUAAAGAGAAACCUCGUCCCCAACUUGACCUGCAGGUUUUCCAAAAGCUGCCUACUCUCUAUGGGAAUCCUCCUCAUGAGCUUGUUGGGAAACCACUGGAGGAUCUUGACCCUUAUUACAAUGAUCACAAGACAUUUAUGGUACUGAACAAAAGGAAAACAAUCUUCCGAUUUACUGCCACACGUGCCUUGUGUAUACUUAGCCCUUUUAAUCCAAUCAGAAGAGCAGUGAUUAAAAUUUUGGUACAUUCAUAUCCUUUCAGUAUUUUUAUUAUGUGCACUAUUUUAACCAAUUGUGUCUUCAUGGCUAAAUUUGAGAUUCCUAGGAAGUCUAAUUCUAAGUCAUCUUUACCUUCUUCAUGGAACAAGUAUGUCGAGUACACUUUCACUGGCAUUUACACUUUUGAAGUAUUGAUAAAAAUAUUGGCAAGAGGAUUCUGUCUGAAUGAAUUCACUUUCCUUCGAGAUCCGUGGAAUUGGUUUGAUAUCAGUGUCAUUGCUAUGGCAUAUGCAGGGGAGUUUAGUAAUAUAGGCAAUGUUUCGGUCCUUCGUACAUUCAGGGUUCUGAGAGCUUUAAAAACUAUUUCAAUACUCCCAGGACUGAAGGUCAUCGUAGGUACACUUAUUCAGUCUAUUAAGAAACUUGCUGAUGUGAUGAUCCUGACAGCUUUCUGCUUGAGUGUCUUUGCCCUCAUAGGCCUCCAGCUCUUUAAAGGCAAUUUGAGACAUAAGUGUGUCAGGAAUUUUAACUCCACCAAUGGAACUAUUUAUUUGGAUGACAAAAAAUGGGGCUCCUUUGAUGAGUUUAUUAAUGAUUCAGAAAAUGUUUUCAAGAAGAAUGGCACCAAGGAUCCCUUAUUGUGUGGCAACAGCUCAGAUGCUGGCUCCUGUCCAGAUAAAUAUGUAUGUCUCAAAGUUGGGGAAAAUCCUGAUUUUAACUACACAAGUUUUGAUACAUUUGGCUGGGCCUUUCUUUCCUUGUUCCGCCUGAUGACACAAGAUUACUGGGAGCGUCUCUAUCAACAGACUCUCAGAGCUUCUGGGAAGAUCUACAUACUCUUUUUUGUGCUGGUCAUCUUUUUGGGCUCAUUUUAUCUGAUCAACUUGAUCCUGGCUGUAGUGACUAUGGCAUAUGAAGAGCAGAACAAAGCUACUAUUGCUGAAACUGAGGCAAAGGAAAGGAAGUUUCAGGAAGCCAUGGAACUGUUGAAAAAAGAGCAAGAGGCAUUGGCUGCUAAAGGAAAUGAUACAAAGUCACUUUGCUCCUUUGAAAUGUCACCUUUACCCUCCAAAGAAGUCAAAGAUAGAAGCAAGAGGAGAAAUAAAAAUAUGUCCUUAGGGAGAGAAGAUUAUGGGGAAGCUCAAAAGGUUCCCAAAUCACAGUCCAGUAGCCGUCAACAAAACUUGACUCCUGUAUGUGAUGAAGUGAGCAAGAAGCAUUUGCCUCAUCAUCUGUCAGUGGACUAUUUUAAUGAGCCACUACAAAGUCAAAGGACAACUGGGGCAGUCAGUACCAUUACCUGUGUCCUGGAGGAAUCGCAACAGAAAUGCCCUCCCUGCUUGAAGAACUUUGCCCUAAAAUAUCUUAUUUGGGACUGUUGUCCUCUGUGGUUGAGAAUCAAGAAAAAGGUGACAAUUUUAGUAAUGGAUCCAUUUACUGACCUCACUAUCACUCUUUGCAUCGUGAUGAAUACUAUCUUCAUGGCACUGGAGCACUAUAAGAUGACAAGAAGUUUAAAAUUCAUGCUUGACGUAGGCAACAAGGUCUUUACUGGAAUUUUUACUGCAGAAGUGAUCUUGAAAAUCAUUGCUCUAGAUCCCUACUACUAUUUUCAGCAGCGCUGGAAUAUUUUUGACAGCAUAAUUGUCACCAUAAGCUUAAUUGACCUGAGUGUAUACACCAAAGCUAAAGAAAGAAAAGAACGGGGAAACCUGUUAGUUUUACGUUCCUUCAAACUGCUGAGGGUCUUCAAACUGGCAAAGUCCUGGACAACUUUGAAUACACUUAUUAAAAUCAUUGGUAACUCAGUGAGUGCCAUGGGUAACCUUACCCUGGUUCUGGCAAUCAUAGUCUUUAUUUUUGCUGUACUAGGAACACAACUUUUUGGUAAAAGCUACAAAGAACAUUGCUGUAAAAUAAGUGACGAUUGCAAGCCACGUUGGCAUAUGAUGGAUUUUUUCCACUCAUUCCUUAUUAUAUUCCGAAUUCUGUGUGGAGAAUGGCUUGAAACCAUGUGGGAUUGUAUGGUGGUAGCUGGGCAACCGUUAUGCCUUAUUGUCUUCUUGCUGACCAUGGUGAUAGGAAACCUAGUGGUUCUCAACCUGUUCAUUGCACUACUGCUGAACUCCUUCAGUGCUGACAACCUCCAAGCACCCGAAGAAGAUGCAGAGAUGAACAACCUUCAGAUUGCAUUUGCUCGGAUCCACAAAGGACUUCGCUUGCUGAAACACGCAAUAUGGGAUUACUGUUGUGGAAAGCUCUGGCAACCAAAGAAAAUCACCAAAAAGAAAAUGAAAUUGGCUGCUGAGAACACAUGUGUGGAGAUUGGGAAAGAAGGGAAGAAUUGUAAAGAAAAUCACAGUGACAAUGUGACAGAGAAGAAUGGAGAGAAAUGCUCUGUUAGCAUUCUUGAAGAUUUUAUCACCAACCCCAACAUGUUUGUCUGUGUCCCUCUUGCUGAUGCAGAAUCUGAUAGUGAGGACUAUGAAGAUGAUGAUAAUAAUUCAAGUAAAUUCACAGAAAUGGAAUACAGUAAACAGCAGGAAAACCACCUGAGACAGAGGGGAGAGCAAUGUAAAAGACCGGGAGCUUGGUGUAAAGGAUCUGAGAUUUCCUCUAAAGACUUAAGUGAGUUUAACAUAGAUAAACAGUGGAAGGCUGGAUCAUCAUCUCUACUACAAAAAGAGCAGCUUGAUGACAUCAGCUGUUCUGAAGGCAGCACAGUGGAUCUGACAAAUCCUGAGGAGCUUCUGAAACAGAUCCCUGAGCUGGCUGAAUACUUAAAGAAACCUGAUAACUGUUUUCCAGACGUUUGUCUCUGGAUUACACGACUAGAUCCAGAAGAAGUUACUGAUUACCUGUAUAUCAGUGUUAUAUUCAAGAAGGCUAUUGAGGUAGCUAUUGCCAUGGAAACCACAGAGGAUUCUCUGGAAUUUAGUGUGAACCAAGAGGGAAAAGUUAAGAGAUACUCCUUGUAUGUGACUGAAGUAAAGUAUCCAUCGCUAUUUGGCAGGACUUGGCUUGAGAAGCUCAAGGUGAAUUGGACCAAGAUCAAGGUGAUCAUAAAAGCAUCUCAAAAUCUUCAAGAAAUACUGGACAGACACUCCAAAGCUUUUGAAAAAGAAUUUGGACAGAUAAGCAACAUGUCAGUGAAGUUCACUGAUAAGUCUAACAGCCAGAUGAAAUAUUGCACACUCAGAGUUGCACUUUAUGUUCUGACACCUCUGGUGGAAGUUCAUUUGGACCGUUUAGUGAACAUCGGAGUUGUUUUACACACAGUGAGUGGGCUACCCAUUGUAUCAGUGAUCAAGAAUGAUGGCUCCAUUCGAAUUUGCAGAGAUUUCAAAGUGACAGUGAAUCCAGUUUUAUGUGCAGAUCAGAAAGGAACAGCAAAGCAAGAUCAUCUUCAAAAUUUGGAUGCUGUCUUGCAACAUUUGGAAGACAAUGGAGUGAGAGCAUUUGAAGAUAUACAUCUUGAGAAAAGAAAAAACAUUAAAAUUAUGUUGGAAUUUUUUGAUAAAAUCUUCACUUACAUCUUUGUCCUGGAGAUGUUUCUGAAAUGGGUGGCUUAUGGCUUCAAGAAAUAUUUCACCAAUGCCUGGUGUUGGCUUGACUUCCUUAUUGUAGGUGUCUCUUUAGCAAGCCUUAUAGCCAGCUCACUUGGAAAUACCAAAAUGGGACCCAUGAAAUCCCUUAAAACUCUGAGAGCCUUGAGACCAUUAAGGGCAUUGUCACAAUUUGAAGGGAUGAGGGUGGUUGUGAAUGCCUUAGUAGGUGCCAUCCCUUCCAUCAUGAACGUUGUGCUUGUCUGCCUCAUUUUUUGGCUCGUUUUUAGUAUCAUGGGAGUGCACCUAUUUGCAGGAAAAUUUGGAAAAUGCGUUAACUUGACUGAAGGAAAAUCAGAAUUAAAUACAAGUAUUAAGAACAAACAGAAUUGCACAGCCUAUAAUGAGACACAAAAAAUAUAUUGGACAAAUGGUAAAGUCAACUUUGAUAAUGUUGGUUCUGGUUAUCUGGCUCUUCUUCAGGUGGCAACAUUUAAAGGUUGGACAGACAUUAUGUAUGCAGCAGUAGAUUCACGAGGGAAAGAAAAACAGCCAAAGAAGGAAAAUAAUCCGUACAUGUACCUCUAUUUUGUGGUUUUCAUCAUCUUUGGAUCUUUCUUCACACUGAAUCUCUUUGUUGGUGUCAUUAUUGACAAUUUUAACCAACAAAAGAAAAAGUUAGGUAGACAAGACAUCUUUAUGACAGAAGAACAGAGAAAAUAUUAUAACGCAAUGAAAAAACUGGGAUCCAAGAAACCCCAAAAACCCAUCCCAAGGCCAUUGAACAAAUACCAAGGGGUUUUUUUUGACAUUGUAACAAGCGAAGCCUUUGAUAUUAUCAUCAUGAUACUCAUCUGCCUUAACAUGAUCACUAUGAUGGUGGAAACUGAUGAUCAAAGUAUAAGGAAGACUGACAUUCUUAACAAAAUCAACAUGUUCUUUGUUGCCAUCUUUACUGUAGAAUGCAUCGUGAAAUUGUUGGCUCUGAGACACUACUAUUUCACCAAUGGCUGGAACAUAUUUGAUUUAAGUGUGGUCAUUAUGUCUGUUGUUGGCACUCUGCUUUCUCACAUUGUUAAUGCAUUUGAAAAUUACUUCUCACCUACUCUCUUCAGAGUCAUUCGGUUGGCUCAGAUUGGACGAAUACUAAGACUUGUCCAAGCUGCCAAAGGAAUUAGAACUCUCCUUUUUGCCUUAAUGAUGUCCCUUCCUGCUUUGUUCAACAUUGGCCUCUUACUUUUUCUGGUCAUGUUUAUUUACGCCAUUUUUGGCAUGGCUAACUUUGCUUAUGUUCAGUGGGAGAGUGGGAUUGAUGACAUGUUCAACUUCCAAACCUUUGCUAAUAGCAUGCUCUGUCUCUUUCAAAUGACAACAUCUGCUGGCUGGGAUGGUCUUCUCAGUCCUAUUUUAAACACUGAACCUCCGUUUUGUGAUCCAAACAUACGAGAUGUUGUGGGAGAAUGUGGUAAACCUGUUGUGGGUAUUAUUUUCUUUGUAAGUUACAUCAUUAUAUCAUUUCUCAUUGUUGUAAACAUGUAUAUAGCUGUUAUUUUAGAGAACUUCAACGUUGCCACUGAGGAAAGUACAGUUCCUGUGGGUGAAGAUGACUUUGAUAUGUUUUAUAAAAUCUGGGAGAAGUUUGAUCCUGAAGCAACUCAAUUUAUUGAGUAUUCUGUACUUUCAGACUUUGCAGAUGCUUUGGCAGAACCUUUACGCAUAGCAAAACCAAACAAAAUUAAACUCAUAGCCAUGGACCUUCCCUUGGCCAGCGGAGAUAGGAUCCACUGUUUGGAUAUUUUGUUUGCUUUUACCAAAAGGGUGCUAGGAGAAUCUGGGGAAAUGGACAAACUAAAAGAACAGACAGAGGAAAAGUUUAUGGCUGCCAAUCCAUCCAGGUUUUUUCAUGAACCAAUCACAACCACGCUCAGACACAAAGAAGAGGAGGUUUCUGCCAUUAUUAUCCAGAGGGCCUAUAGGAGUCAUUUGAUUCAACGGUCCAUGAAGCAGGCCACUCUCUUAUAUCACAGAACUUGUGAUGGUGACAUCCUUGAAGAUGCUUCACAGAAGGAAGGUCUCAUUGCAUUCAUGAUGAAUGAAAAUUAUGGGAGGAAUCUAGACAAGUCCGAGACUGUGUCCUCAACAUCUUUCCCUCCAUCCUAUAACAGUGUCACUGGGGAUACUAAUGACAACCUCCAGGUAAAGACGGCAGACUCUUCCAAAUGUGAUGUACCUAUAGGUUGUCAGCUAUCUCCAGACAAAGAUAAAGAAUCCAUUGUUUAAUAAUUUGUUAAUAAUGCUUUAAAAUAUUCACAGAAUAUAAUGAUGUAAAUAUAUAGCAACUGAAACAGCCUUCUUUUUAAACAUUAGUUGCAAAAAGAAACCAGGGUUCUACCCUUAACUAUGGGAGUUCAUAAGCUGUCACCUUUGACCCUGCUACAUUCAACUUUACUCAAUGUUUAUAUUUAGAUAUACCUAGGAAGUAUCUGUGUAGAGUCCUAACUGUUAUAUUGGUGGCAGUUGUGAGGUAAGGCAGAAUCCUUGGUAUCUUGUUACUAUGGCCCAGACACAGAGCUGAUUAGAACUGCACUUUGCUUACUUCUGCUAACCAAACACCCACCCACUUAGAUUGGUUUGCCUCAUUAUGGACCAAGUUCAAGAAGUGGAAAAUAAGUUUCAAGAUGUCUGGGAAAGGGGUGGGAGAAAAUGUAAUGGUUUGUGAGGGUUUUGAAGUAGGGAGGGGGGUAAAAUAUAGCGUAAUUAACACUUUGAUAAUAAACCUGGUAGAUUAAUGACUCCCAAUCUUUUCAGUUCUGUGACCCACAUACCAUAAACAUAGCUAUUGCAUGACCCAUUGAUAUGUCAAACUGUACUGGAACUCCUCCAAUAUGAUGAAUUUAAACAAUAGCCAUGGUAUGUAUACUAUUGUAGUCAAGUUACUGCAGUAUAAUGACAUAAUGAAUGUAAUACUUAACAUUCCAGAAACAGUAAUGAAUUACAUUAGAAUUUUUUUUUUUUUACUACAAAACUGAACUGCUUUUCCUCUGGAAUUAUGAAGUUGGUAUCUUCAUCUUCAUCAUGUUUUCUUUCUAAAGAUCUUUGUGACUCUUAUGACAUCAUGAUAUCAUUAGCCGCAACUUCUCCACAAAGAACUCUACACCUUGGCCUGCCUUCAGUCUCUUCUACCAUGUUUGUAAAUAUUUAUUUGAGAUGCAUGGGUUCAUACUUUCUGUAUGAACCAUUUUGCUUUUCAUUUACUGAUUUGUCUUCCUUUCUGUUGCAUUGUCAGGUAUUCAGAGCCACAAGACCACUCAAGUCUCUCUUGACAUUUAUAUUCCAUAUUUAAAACUGUUAAUUGUAUAUGUAAAUCACUUUUCAAGAUAAGAUUAAAAAAAAGUGGCAAGAUUUAUGUGACUAUCAAGGGUGACUGGUCCAGGGGAGGCACAGCUUUCCUUUCUUCCCCGCAGUGUUUUCAGACAGAAAAGAAGCUUGGCUUUGUGCCUGAGGCACUAGAUUGGGACUCUGAUCUGGGUUCAGUUCCUUGCUUGGCUACAGACUUUCCAUGUGACCAUAGGAAAAUCACGUCUGACUGCAGUGCAGAUGUACCUUAAUCUCUCUCUCACUCAGUUCCCCCUCUAUAAAAUGGGAAUAAUAAUACUUCCUUUAAUAAAUCUCCCUUUCUCCCACUUUUGUCUGUCUAUCUAUUUAGAUUGUGAGCUCUUUGGGCAGGGACUGCCUCUUACUAUGCAUAUGUACAGUGCCUUGCACAGUGUGGUCCCAGUCUUAAUUGGGGCUUCGAGGUACUAUUUGAAUACAAAAAAUAAUAAAUAA